CGUUGGGGUCGGGGACCGUCGGCCCGCAAGCUGCGAGAGAACCUCGCCGGGCUGGGUACCGGGAGCUGGUGGUUAUCAUCUUCAUCAUUAGUAUUGUGUUUUAAUCUCUAAAGCAGGCCGAGGAGACUGACGCCAUGCAGCAUUCCGAAGAGCCUUCGACCCUGCCCGCUUCGACCUGUGGGUGCAUGAAACCGGCAUUAGAAACAGGUAAUAUUUUGACUGAGCCAAUUGGUUACAUAGAGUCAUGCUUCUCAGCUAAGAAUGGUACACCGAGGCAGCCAACCAUUUGCAGCUUGUCACGUGCUUGUCUGAGGAUAAGAAAAAGUGUCUUUAACAAUCCUGAACAUUCCGUAAUGGGCUUAGAACAGUUUUCACAUGUUUGGAUUUUGUUUGUUUUUCAUAAAAAUGGUCAUUUGAGUUGUAAGGCGAAAGUGCAGCCUCCUCGGUUGAAUGGUACAAAGAUUGGAAUCUUCUCCACAAGGAGUCCCCAUCGCCCUAAUGCUAUUGGACUUACUCUUGCCAAGCUGGACAAAGUGGAAGGAGGAGCCAUAUACCUCUCUGGAAUUGACAUGAUAAAUGGCACACCUGUUCUGGACAUAAAACCAUAUAUAGCUGACUAUGAUUCACCGCAGGAUCUGAUGGAACCUUUAGAUGAGCUCAACUUAAAAGAAAGGGAACAGAAACAGAGAGAUUUGCCUCAUUCUGUCAACACAGCUGGUCGUUGUGAGCGGCAGCAAGGAGCAGAGGGCGUCAGGCCUCAAUACCACAGCACAGAGGGGAAACACCCUGAAGACCAGACAGCAGAAGGAAAAUAUUUGAAAGAUAAAGCCUCAGCAGAAGGGAAAUGCCCCUUCAGUAAGUGCAGGAGCACAACAGCAGAUUGUGUUUUAGAAACAAGAACAAAUCAGAGUUCAAGCAGAGAGGGAGGCCGGAUUGACCUUCAUUGGCCAAAGGAAGGUAUAGACAAUAGGUUAAGUGUAGUGGAAGGAGAUGCAGCCACACAAGAAAACAGCUCGGGGACUCAGCACCCUUCUAGCAUGGGUGUCUCGUCCCCUGCCAGUUGUGUUCCAUCCUGGGUAAAAGAUUCUCCUGUGACUACUUUAGAAGUCCGGUUUACACCUCAUGCGGAAAUGGAUCUUGAACACUUUAGUUCAGAAGAUCACACAGGUAUCAAUAUAACUUCAUUUAAAUAUUUUCGAUCUGUGAAAGAAGCAAAGUGUGCCAUUAUUGAUGUAUUAGCAGCUGAUCCCCGGUCUGUGUAUCGAAGGAAACAUUGUCAGGACCGUCUUUUCUACUUUUCGAUGGACACAGCGCACAUUACUUGCUGGUUUGGUGAUGGGUUUGCCGAAGUGCUAAGGAUCAAGCAUAAUGACACGGUUGAGAAUACAGUUGGGCAGUGUUCAUUACAGUCAGCUUCAUCUUAAGUAAUGUGGAACAGGCCAUUUGGAAAUCAGAAGGAGCUGAAACUUUUCUAGAGAUCCACCCAUGUCUAAUCUCUUCCUGUUGUGCCUCUCUACGGCGUCUGUGGAAGGAUGAGGAUUAUGUUUUGGAAUUUCAAACUCUAAACUAUUUUAAAAGCAUUUGUGAAUCAAAAAAUCUGAAAGUUUAUAUUUCCUGUUUAUGAAUAAGCAGUAAGGGAAAUAUAAUGAAUUCUCAAGUGUAUAACAGAAUGUGCUAAAUUUCUUAUGUUGUAAACUUAACUUAAAUCAUCUGCAUGAUUCUACAUAUCUUUUUUUGCCAGAAGACAUGAAAAUUGAGUUUAAAAAAAAGGAGAGAUGAUGUUCAGUUGUUAGCCUUUUUAGAGAAGGUGGCAUUGUAGCUAGACCUUAGAGCAGUGGUCUCAAAACCUUAUUGAUCACACUGUCCUAUUAGCAAAAUAAAUAAAUAAAAGAUUUGAGUUUGAAUUCCCAACACAUGUUAAUUUAUAUGUUACUUGGUCAUUAUACUAAUAUGUCCAUUAUAAAACAUCCACAAAAAUGGAAAUUAGAAUUAGGCUAUGAAGAUGAAAUAUUUCAAAUGUUUUUUAUAUGUUAAUGAUGCAAGAUCCUUUUUGGCUUUCCCUAAAAUACUAUUAUUAGUAAUGUUUUAGUGAAAGUCAUAUAAUUGAAUAUAUUUCAUUAUUUUAAAAAAAUCUUGGUUAUUUUGUGAUACAGAAAUUUGAAGUUCUGGUUCUAAUUUGAUUGUAUUUCUGUACAUCGUUUUAAGUGGUUAUAAUAGCUUAAAAAGAAACCCUCACAAAGAUACUAUAGAUCAAAGUGAAAGAAGUGCUCCAUUGGCUCUGCUUACUAAAUAAUGAUACUAAUUUCUCAGUCCCAUAUAAUUAUUUAAAGAUUCCUGUUGAAAUUCAGCUAGUAAAUUUCCAUCUUCCCUGAUGUCAAUAAAUUUUUCUUAAUAACUUUGUUGGAAAGUGUGAGUUUUUUAAAACAAAAUUUUAACAAAGGGAUUAAAAAUCCACUUAAAUUUAUUUGGAAACCCACUUAAAUUUAUUUUUAAAAGUUAUGCUUUUCCAGUUUUUAGGUGUGCAGAUAUAAGUUUUUAUAGAUGAAAGUCCUUGUUUUGGGCAACAGAAAUUAGUUUUUAAUUGUUUUGCUAAUUGUGAUGGCUUCAUGCUACUAUUUGCUAAUACCAAAUUCAUAUUUCAGAUAAUCUUGAUAAAAUUUUUUGGCUGACUUAAUGUCAGAACUUAUUAGACUGUUAUUUUUUACCUUGCAAUGUGAGCUGAUAAUGACCAGAAGAAUUGUCAAUUUUGCCAUUUUCUUGUUCAUUUGUGUUUGUAUCAUUAGAGUUAUCUUUACCCCAAAGUUUCUUUGUAGAAAUCUUUUCAAGUCAGUUAUCCAUUUUGUGAAGUUUAGUUUAGUUAAAUCUACA